AUGUUUCGACGGUCACUUCGCACCGUGGCUCCAUUGGUGAUGCACACCACAAGCAGCCAUUUUGGGAGGUCUGGACGCUGCUGCGCCACUACUGUAUCUCUCUGGGUGCUGGGCCUCUGUGGUGCUCCUGAUGCGCCCCAUGCCGCCGACGUGUCGCUGUCAAGCACAGGAGGCAGCGGCGUGGGGUCUCUGAAAGCGCCCCCUGUGGACAACUCCCAUGUUCGACAGAAGGGAGGAGAGCUGUUUUCGCGGCAGUGGAGCGAGGAAGCGGUGCGACUGACGUUCCGCUGCCGUCUGACGGAGCAGACCGAGGUCAACUGGGAGACGGUGCUGUGCCAGGGCCGGCUGUACGUGCAGCUGCCGUCCUGUGUGCUGCCCGAUGGCUCUCGCGAGGCCUUUGUCACACUGCUCGAGUUUGCCGAGGAGCAGCUGGGUUGCACCCAUGUCCUGGUCUUCUUCAACAAGGACCGCACCGACAGAGCUGGCAUCGUGCGCACGUUCAUGUUCCUGGGCUUCACCGCACUGGCCCCGGGGCAUCCGCUCGUGCCGCAGUCAACUUCUGAAGGGCUCCUCUACAUGGCAUACGCCAUUGAGUGAGACGUGGGAGGCCAUCAGUAACCCGGCAUCCUUCCUGGCUCUACUGCUGCACCAACAGUUUCUUCGUUUUGUUCCUUUUUCUGCAACUCUUUCGGGGAGGAGAUCCAAAGCGUGUAACCUUUUGAGUGUUCAAGCAUUAGCAACAAGAAAAGGGGCUUCAAAGUUGCGGGGGCCAAAUUCUCUUGGGUUGGGCGGCAAAUUCACAAUUGGGAUGUUGUUCGGGGAGGGCAUUUUCAGAGACCGCGCGUUAAACUUAGAGCUUAGAAACCACAAGCGAGUGUUUAGUAGUUCGUUAAACCAAGAAUUUCGUUACCUGUUUAGCUCCCAACGUGACCUAGGCAUGGCGGCGUGAUUCCGUUGAACUUCUUUCUUUCUAGUAAAGAAUGUGUCAUCGAUGUUCGACACGUAAUUGUUCUAUAAGGCGUAAUGUAGAUGUUCGUUUGGGACCAACGCAGUGUUUUAGGGCAUAAGUUAGCCUUCUAGAUUGCAAAGAUAGCAAGCAUGUAUGCACUGUUCGGGAAAAAAAAUACACUACCUCGCUUGUGGGACUAGCUUCUUCCUGUGCUAGACUAGCUGGACAUGUAAUUCCUUGCUCAUAAACUUCAAAAAAUGUAAAAAAAAGUGUAUAAACUGCCAAAAACGUUCAAAAAAUGCAAAUUGCCUUCUGUAUCGUCAUUUUCUUUCAUUCACUCUUUCACAUUGUGCAACUGUUUCGUGGCUUUCACAGUUUCGCGAGUCUAUUUCCUUGUGCAUGCAACACACAUCCUUUUUGUUGUUUCCUUCAUUUCUUCCAGCUAUUUGUUCUAUAACAAAUAAACCCGUUU